GAUGGUAGCAGCAGGGCUGUGUUUGCUGUUCCUUAUCGUCAUCGUAGCCACCAUACAAUCGGGCUCCAUUUUGGAAUCAGAUGGUGGCAAUGGGUCAACAUCGGUUGGAGACGGCAACAAUAACGGAGUACGCACAGCCCAAACCACAGGACGAACAGUACCUGUAACUUCGACUAAUACGGCAAAGGCAAUUACCGCCACUACUACUACAACUACAACCACAAGCACCACAACUACCACGUCAACAACCACAACUACCACGACGACAACCACAACUACCACCACAACCACAACUACCACCACAACGACAACUACCACCACAACUACAACCACCACCACAACGACAACUACCACCACAACGACAACCACCAGCACAACGACAACCACCACUACCACAACCACCACUACGACAACCACCACCACUACGACAACCACAACUACAACAACCACAACUACAACUACCACAACGACAACUACAACUACAACUCCACUACCGUUCAGCCCCAAACAGUGGAAUCAUCUUUCCAAAGUGCGACGCCAAUCUGGGAUUCAUCUUUAUGAAACCAUUCCUCACCGAACUGAUCCCAAUGACAAUACAACGUGCUACACACGUACUAUGCCUCUGGGGCUCCGAAAAGGCGCCAUUUACACCCACGUCAUUGAGUUCCAAGACCUUGCGCAGCAGACGGCCGCCUUCAUUAUCCGCAGCCCGCCAAAGCCACCAAGUGUGCUGGGAAUAUUGAAAGGCUCGUAUGUCUGGUACAUGUUCAGAAAAGGAGGAACUACUGUAAUCAGCGUACAGGUGAACAGUCCGACGUUCGUGAAAGUGAAUCACGUGAUAGAUCCUGGAGUCCAUGUGGCACACACGGAGUGCUCGACCAAUGGAGAAUUCCGGUUCUGGCUUGACGAAGAAUUGUCCGAUCAUCUUAACGCGACCACUUUCGACAUCACCACAUUCGGAGAUUGCACAAUCCACAGGUACGAUGAAUGGUCGCCUCCAGCUUCAAUAUGGGAAAUGCACGUCACCCAUCCGAACGAUCCUGCGGCAGUGUUUAAUCAGGCGGCUGACUUUGUGGCUCCCGAAUCCGGACUUUUCAUCGACGGAUCCAUCGUUUGGGAAGGAGACGCCUUAGGACCAUAUGACGUCAGCUGCGACGGUAACGCCAUCUACUCGAACAGAACGGCAGGCAGAAAUCUUCAGCUGGCUGUGGAAGUGGCUGCUGAUUCCCUCACCAUCGGGAUAAAAGGUGAAGCCGCGCACCAGCAUCGAAUUGCCAAUGGCGUCCACUCCAUUAUACUUUCCAAGGAAUUCAAGAUCAAUAACUUCACGAUGGUCACCGGUUAUGGAACAACUAGCAAUGGAAGGUGUAACACGGACAACUGACAACGUCACCUUUCCCCAGUAAUGAUUUUUUUUUCAUUGGAACA